AUGGACACCUCGUCCUCGCUCCUCCCCACCCAGCCUGACGGCUCGGCCCGCCCAGCGCUCAAGUGGGAGCUGCCCCCGUCCUUUGCGGCGCUGCUGGCUCAGCCCGUCCAGGACGCCGUGGACGCGCUCCUCGCCGCCGCCGGUGUGCCGCUCCCCAAGGCGGCAGGGAAGGAGGUCAAGAAGGAGGUCAAGCCUGCCGCCCCCUCGGCGCCCUUCCUUCAGGCCCUCCACACCAUGCCGGACACGGUCACGACCAACGCCGCUCUCGCAUACAAGUCGACCGACUCGGCGCUCGUCGACCUGUUCCACCUCCUCACCCCCGGUGUCCCAGCGACAGCCGUCUUCGACGCCCUCGACAAGGCGUGGGCCGAGGACCCGGUGUCGACCCUCAAGAUCGUGUUCCAGGCGCGCUCGAUCCACGAGGGCAAGGGCAGCAAGACCCUGUUCUUCCGCUGCCUGACGUGGCUGUGGGAGCACCACCCCCGCACGAUGAUCGCCAACCUUGGACUGAUUGUCGAGCCUACGUGCGACCGCCCCCGCUCCAAGAAGCGCGACGAGGCCAAGGCCAAGAAGGAGGAGAAGAAGAACCGUGGCGUCGAGGUCCUCGACGACGACGGAGAGGUUGUGGAGGAGGCGAAGGCGCCCGAGCCCGAGUACCCCCCGCGGCCUCAUGGCACGUUUGACGACCUCAUCGACCUGCUCGUGGUCGCCAUCAACGGCCAGCUCAAGACUACCUACCACGGCAACUUUGAGGCGAUUGACGGCGCUCUGUCGUCUGUUGGCGUGAAGUCGGCCGACCUUUUCAAGCGCGCCCGCCUGGAGAAGAAGGCCGGGGGCUAUUCGCGCAACGGAUCAGGUCUCAUCAACAAGGCCUACGUGUCUGCCGCGAGGCUCAUGAAGACGAAGAAGAGCAAGAAGACCGGACAGGACCAGGUCAAGCGGGGCCGUGACUGGCGCAACACGAGCGAUAUGGAGAUGGAUUCGGGCGACGGCGACAGCAUGGAGGGAAUCGAGGAGGCCGCUCCCUCCUCGUUUGAGGAGGAGAUGUUCAACUCGAACAGCAAGCGCGGCCGCGCCGCCAUUCUCAGCGCCCGCGCCAUCGAAGCCUUGACCAGCGACUUUAAGUUCCAGGCGCUGUACGUUGCGAUCGUCGACAUUUUCGCCACGGCGAUCACUGCCGACCUUGCCCGCCUUUCGGCGCACAACCAGUACCUCGAGCUUCCGCAGCUGAAGCGCAAGGAGGAGGGCUACCCCAAGGCCGGCACGUCGCCACACCUCUUCGGCAUGUCGUUCGCUGCCAAGUGGGCGCCUACACCCGGCAAGAGCGCGGACAAGCAGCUGCACCUCGCAACUGCGCUCGCUCUCAGGCUCUUCCCCGCCGAGGAGACCAAGUGGGCUCGGCACAAGCUGCAGACUCAGGUCCUCGCUCCGCUUCGCGCUGCCCUGCUCGUGCCCGAGACGAAGAUGGUUCAGGGGCCUUGGAAGAUUGAAUACACGCACGUCCCGGCGCGUGCCAUGGCCCGCCAUGCCGAAGACUUCGUCGUCCACGACCCUACUGGAUUUGACAAGUACAUCCUCGACCUCGAGUCGGGCAAGACGACCGUGGCGGGUGCCUCUCUCAGCCCCCACGAGAUCGCGGCCAAGGCGUACGACGGGCAGCCCAUUCCCAAGCGGCUCGCCAACCAGCAGUGGGCGGCGAUGGUCGAGGCAGUUCGGUCGAGCUCUGAGAACGAGCUCUCCAACUGUAUCGCCAUUGCCGACGUCUCGGGGUCAAUGGGCUUUAUUGGCUCGUGGCCGACGGCGAAGUACGUGCAGCCUAUCUGGCCGUGUAUCAGCCUGACGCUCCUGCUCACCGAGCUGGCGCGCCCUCCAUGGAACGGGACGUUCAUAACGUUCUCGUACGAGCCAACGGUCCAGCGCAUCGACAUGUCUCUGCCCCUCUCUGAGCGUAUCCGGAACCUGAGCAGCGCCGACUGGGGCAUGAACACCGACUACGCCAAGGCGAUGAAGGCCAUUCUCCAGGUCGCGGUCAACAACAAGCUCGACCCGGCUGACAUGGUCAAGAAGAUCUUUGUCUUCUCCGACAUGCAGUUCGACGAGAGCGGCGGCACGGCGUACGGCCUGACGGAGCACCAGACGGUCGCCAAGCUGUUCACGGACGCGGGGUACGCCAUGCCCGAGAUGGUGUACUGGAACCUGAACGGGCAGUACGGCGCGGCCAACAAGCCGGUCAAGGCGGACACGCCAGGCGUGUCGCUUGUCUCGGGCUUUUCGGGUGCCCUGAUGAAGUACUUCAUCCGGGCCCUGGGCGAUGGACCGGCAGAGGAGAACGAGGACGAGGAUGACGAAGCUGAGGCCGAGUCGUCGGAGGACGAGGACUACGUGAUGGACGACUUUGGAGACGAGGCCGGCACCCGCAAGACGGACCCGGCCGUUCCCAAGGAGAAGAAGGAGAAGAAGGCGAAAAAGGACAAGAACCCGCUCGACCACCUGAUGGCCAUCAUUGGGAACAAGGUGUUCGACGGCGUUGUCGUUGUAGACUAG